AUGGAUCUCAUACCAAAGGGUUUUCGCAUAAAGAAUCCUUUAAACUCAACAAUUAACAGUCGGAAAGCUGAGAGCAUCUGCAAGAGGACGUCAGAACGGUUAAGGAACCAUACACUCAACGAAUCUUACCGCAGGCAAAAGUUCUUGGAUGAGGAGCUUCAUCGAGCAAAAGACAAUCUCUCUCUUCGCCUCCAGCAAUCGAAUGAUGAUGGAUACUUUGCAACAAUUAUUCAACACUUGGAACGCCAUUAUGAGAAGAUGAUUAAGCUCUGCAUGCACCACAAAUCCCUGAAACUUGAUCGUCUCGCCAAACAAACCCCGCUUCUCCAAGAUGAACCAACUCUGGAUGACAACUCUACUGAAAGUAGAACAGUUAUCAAUCUGUCGUCUUAUGAGCUGAGGAAGGAAGAGAAGGAGACUCUGCAACUGGGUUUAUCAUACUGCCCUCCCCAACAGCUGGAUGCUAUUCAGUUAUGCAAGGAUACUUCAGACUUCAACAGACGUAUCAAACUCCGGGAGUACUUCAGUGCAAAUGACAACGGAUCUGGCGAAACUUCGAGGAAGGAACCACCACCACCGUGUCAGCCUUCAUUGACCAAGCCUAAGUGGACUCCACCAGAAGGGAGGAACGUCUACAUUGACAGAUUCACAGCCAACAUCGAAAACCAACUCGAUCACUUCCUUCACAAUGCCUGGCAGCCUGAAACCAGUGUGACUGAGAAGAUGCAACGUAAGUCUAUCACCUCCCUCAAGAACAAUAGAGAUAUUAUUAUCAAGCCCGCUGAUAAAGGCGGUGCUGUAGUAGUGCAAGAUAUAACUUCCUACAAAGAAGAAGUAACUAGGCAACUUUCGGACAAUACAUUUUACGAAACUCUAUCUAAAGACCCUACUGAUGAAUUUCGUGAACUAGCUCAGAAAUGUGUUGAUGAAAUUCCAGGUAGUGGUAUAUCUUUAACCAAAGAACCUAUAGUCAGUCAGUUUUACUUACUACCUAAAGUGCAUAAGCUGUCUAAAAUGGUGACGAAGGAAACCAAUCAAGAAUACACUAAUGCUGAAUCAAUUAUUGCAGCAGCGAAAGAGCACUCUAUCAUUCCACCAGGUAGACCUAUAGUUUCGAGUAUUGGUUCUCUUACCGAGCCAAUGUCUCAGUUUGUUGAUAGGAAACUUCAACCGUACCUACCUAAAAUAAAGAGCUAUAUCAAGGAUACUACUGAUUUCUUGAAAAAAAUCCAGUCAGUUCAAAUUGCCCCUGGUUCUACCCUCGUCACCAUGGAUGUACAGAGUCUCUACACUAAUAUACCCCAUAGAGAGGGUGUCCAGGCUAUCCGCAAAUUUCUUAACAGGCAUGCUAUUGUGGACGAGACCUUGGAUGUAGACGCUUUAGCUCAUAUGGUUGAAUUCAUAUUAACGCACAAUCAUUUCGAAUAUGAUAACAACCACUAUCUCCAAAAGCAGGGUACAGCCAUGGGCACAAAAAUGGCACCCGCAUAUGCUAGCAUUUUCAUGGCUGUAAUAGAAGAGCAAUUUCUGACAAAUCAUCCUCAUAAACCGACUCUAUAUGCUCGGUAUAUAGAUGACAUUUUCAUGAUUUGGGAACAUCCUGACGACACACUAGCAAAGUUCCACAACGAUUUCAAUUCAUGCAGUGAAAGCAUUAAAUUCACAAUGGAAAACUCAAAGAAGGAAAUCAAUUUUCUAGAUGUAUCCGUUUCUAUCGACCACGAAACGAACACUUUGAAUACAUCUGUGUACCGUAAGCCAACUGAUUCCUUCUCAUAUUUGAGGUUUGAUUCUUUCCAUCCAAAACACAUAAAGCAAUCAAUUGUCUAUAGUCAGAUGCUACGCUUUCGCCGUAUUAUAUCUAAGGAGGAUGAGUUUGACAGACAGGCCCUUAUACUAGGCAGACAAUUCAUAAGGAGAGGGUAUCCCCCCAAAUUGAUUUCAGAGACUAUUCGGAGAGUAAAGAAGAAAUCUCGUAAAGAUCUUCUUAAUAAGGACCGUUUGGUCAAUGAGAAGAAACGACUCCCUCUAGUGACCACUUUCCAUCCCGAUACCAAGAAAUUCGUAAAACAGGUCAGGCAGGAAUGGCCUACAUUGGCUCUCGAUCCCAAGCUAGGAAAAAUAGUCGGAGAAAACCCUCUUCAUGCUCAACGUCAACCUCCCAAUCUGAGGAAAUUGCUUGUGAGCACCAGACUCCCGACACCUGAGCAUCCAAGAGGUAACAUACCUUGUGACAAACCCAGAUGUCAAAUCUGUAAACAUAUCGUUACUGACACCACAAUAAGAAUUGCUAAGAAUGUUACCCUGCACCCGCAGAGACAUGACUGCGAUGCCAGUAACGUGCUUUACUGUUUGCUCUGCGCACGUUGCCCCCAAGCAAUCUAUAUUGGUGAAACCAGCACGAAAUUCCGAAUGCGCUUCAAUAACCACAAAUCAUCUAUUCAGAAGAAACGUACCGACCUUCCUGUUGCCAGACAUUUCUGCCUUCCUGGACAUUCGUUAGCGGAUGUGAAAGUGUGCAUAUUUGGGGAGGAUACAAAUCAGUGGACGAGAGAAGAACCGCUGAACUACGAAUAA